AUGGCCUCCGGGAGCAAAGUCUUGUGGACCUUCGUCCCUCUUUUCUCGGUGUCUAUCAUGCGCUUGUAUCUCGCGCGUUCGGACCCACUACCGAUCAGUAUCCAAUACUCCUACCCGAAGUUCAACAAUAGACCACGAUAUGCGGACGCCAUGCGCCAAGUUUUCCGCGAUCUUGUCCGAGUCCGAGAGCUCAUACACGUCGAGAUACAGGACGACUGGGAUCAAGUCGUCGCUGGAUCACAUCCGAACUGGGACGAGACUAUCUUCAACCACUCGAGCGCUCCUCUCCUCAACACGCUCCAUGUGGUCAGGAUGAAAGAGCGCGAUGCCAUUGCGUCCCGUGUUUUUGGUGGCUCAGCGCUCCAUUCGUUGCGCGAUCUCCGCUUAUAUUUCUGUGAUCUACCCUCCGAUCGGGCCCCCGUCCUGUUCGGCCCUGCUCUUGCUCAUCUGGAAGUGACAUAUUGCUCAGAUAUCUGGACCUGCCUAUCCUAUUCGCUCGAGCAUAUGCCCUGUUUGGAGAUGCUGAAGCUUACGCAGCACCCCUGGGAGGAACCUAUUGAUCUGCGGCCGUUCGCGAUCUCAGAGACCGUUAAAUGCGUCGAAAUAACUGCCAGCAGUGCCGUUAUAUUGUCUUUCUUGGGCGCAGCACAGAUACAAUCGAAAACCGCUCUAGCCAUUGCACCCGUGGACAGCAUGAGUGCAAGGAAUGCACAGACAAACACCCACCAAACCCUUCCUAUCAUGAUCACAGACCUGGUCGAAGCCGUGUUCUCCCGAAUCACUGCGACCGCUGACGCUGGCAUAACUCUUGAGCGCCUCUUGAUUACCGACGUUGGCGUGGACUCUACGGAGAUCAGGGUCUGGGUCGAGUCCCAUAAACGCUCUGUGCUACCCUCAGGCGGUGGGGUUAGGGCCUAUUACACGGCCUUGAGACUCGCACACACCACCCGCGAUCAUAAUCCCCGACUUGCGUUUGGAGCGCUCAUCAUAGCUCUCACUCAAUUGAAAACCAUCCGUGGCUGUAGUGCCAUACGAUGGCUGGGCCUCUCUCUACAACUUUUGGAUGAGCCUCGUUACCUCCAUGUUUGGAGAGCUGUGGCCGAUUGCCUUCCUCAGGUCGAGGAGAUCGUCUUACGCCGCACAGGGCUCAUUCGCGCUCUGGGCGAUCCCAACCACCACGACAUGUUUCCCUCGUUGAAGCUCGUACUUCUCUCUCCGGGCGUUGGCGUCGCCCGACACAUUGUUGCGAAAGCAAGGCAGGCCCGGGAAAGUGUGCGAUUCGCGAGUACGGACCUGAUGCGACGCUUUCCCAACCACAACCUGCCAUUCGACGACGACUUGGACUGA